AUGUCAGCCCAUAUGUCCUUUAUAUUUUCAUGUACCAUGAGAAACCUGGUGAGUGAAAUAUAUAUGGAAAUCCUUUUCAACAGCAGAGUGAAUAGUAGUCCUCGAACUAAGCGCGGAACUUCAGGGAGAAAGAAGAGCGGCGGCGUCUGGCGGAGCAGUGCUUCGGCCCGGCGGAGAGCCGAGGCGCGCGGCUGCGGAGGAACACUCCGCCCCCUCGCAGGUGGGCGGGGCAAGGGCCGGCGGGCGAGCCGGAAGCGGAAGUGGUGGUGGCGGCCGCGCUUUCUGCUGCGCGCGCGCCCGCCCGCCCGGCCUCCCGCCUUUCUCCUUCUCUCCGCCCGCGGCGCCAUCAGGUAACAGCCCCGCAGCGAGCGCUGCUAGAGGGGCCGGGGGGAGCGGGGCGGCUUCCCCGGGAAACGGCCCGGGAUAGUGCAGCGGGCCUUCCCCCCCCCGGGGGCGCGCGGCGGGGCGGGCGGAAGUCCGCUCCCGAGGCAGCCGUUAGGCGCGCGCGGCUGACAGCUCCUUCCGGCUUUGCUGGGGCGGGAGGCGGAGGAGGAGGCGCCGCGCGGGUUCCUAGACCGGCCUGCCGCUCUAGGGCGCGCGGCCGGCUCCCUCGCCAGUUUCCGCCGCUGAGGGAGCCGCGUCGCGGGAGGAAGGUGAGGGGGACCCGAGGCUGAAUAUGUUAUUCAUUUGUGGCACUUGCUCCCCGCAGAAAAGCAACCCUGUUGUUUCUGUGUGUGGAAUCUGUAUGCCGAGUCUUCAUCCUUAGAUCUCAGGAGGGUUCGCGGCAUGAAAUGAGGACACAAGAAGAGGCGGGGGAGCAAAAGCAAAGCCAUAGCCCUCAGGCACAUCUAAGGAGCCGCAGGACGGGAACCGGCCGAACGCCCCGGGGAGCAGGGUCGGGGUUUUCUGCCUGGCCCCUCAGGGUGCCCAGGGGAGGGUCCUGGGGGAGCACAGUCCCCGAGGCCUCUGGAGAGGAGGCAGGGACCGCCUCCCCCACCGAUGGAGGGUUUGAACCCUGGCCUCUCCCAGGCCUCAAGUCAAAGACUCUGGCCACGAUCCUCAUCCUAUUCAUAUUAUUUAUUACAUUUCUAUGCCACCUUUUGUCUGAGAACCACAGGGCUGUUUACCAUAUUAAAAAAACAAAGGUACAUAACAUAUUAACAAACAAAACAAUGACCCAACCAUCACCACACACACACAGGGUUUUAAAGGCCAUAGCUUGUUUAAUUAGCCAGAGGAGAGUAGAAGAAUUAGUCUGGGAGAAGAGGAAUGUUUUUGCCAGGCACCUAUGGCACACUGGCUCUGAUUUUGGGGCUUGGAUUGCCACCUCCUGUUUUUCUGGUGUUGCCUAUGUUCUAUCAGCAGCAGCCUAAGCACAAAAGCACACAGAAAGUUCAAGGUGGUGAAGCUUUUCUUUUUUUUUCUUUGGCAUAGAGUUGAGUGGCAAGUAAAACAUUUCUUCCUUCUGAACUCUUCUGAGUGUUACGGUCCUGUUUAAAAUACAGGGGCACAGCCUGUUUUUAAGUCUUGACAACAGUGAAUCCUUGCAGCUUGCCAUAGUCCUGCCUUGAUAUUUGUUUUUAUUUACCACCUACAGCACAUUCCUCCUGUGAAGAUGUGUGUGUAUACUGCAUAAGAGCUGCUUGAUUUGUGUGGUGCCUGGGUUUCAAAGGUAUGUGUGAGUGGUUGGUCACGGGGGCCAGAUUUGGAACGAAUGUGAACUUUUAAUGCCCUUUUUAAAGAAGUGGUUAAAAUUACCGGUAGGUAGAGUGACUGCUUUUUGUCAGUCCUAGGCAGGGCAAGAGUUUGAUUUCUAAAAGAAAAGAGAGUUGUCAGUAAACACUUCAGCUGCUUAAUGUCUGUAAGUUAGGCAGCUGUUAGAGACACCAGGAGCAGGGGCCAGUUAAGAGAGAGAAAAUGGGACUCAUAGAUGGGCUCCAGCUAGCUGGCCAGUCAACUCUCAAGCUUCAGAAUUAUUCCUUAUCCUAAAUGUGGUGAGGGUAGUUACUUAGUAGUGUGGGAAAUACAGUUUAUGCAUGUUUAGAAAUACUAUCGCCUUGAUUUCUUUAUCUGAUCAGAUUGGAGGCCUGAUGUUGGGAAAGAGGUUCUGGGUCAGAUUAAGCCUUGUGGCACUCUUCAUAUGCACCACAAUGGUUGAAAAGCUAGAGUGUUUGGUUUGCAUCUAAGAGAUGUGAGCUCAUGUCUGUUUUCAGACAUGAUUAUACAGUGUUGCAUUGGGCAAGUGGCUUUUUCUCAGUUUUCUGUUUAUACCAACCUAUCUUACAGGGCUUUUGUUGGGAAAACAGACUAUGAAUAA